CGACGCAGUUUGUUUUCUUGCCUGCGGCUGAAAUUUUGGACGGUGAACCGCUGCUGGAGGCAAUGUGGAUAUAGUAUUCAGGUUUUCAUUUUAUAGAAAACUCUCUGAAUAGUUAGGCGAACUGGCGGGACGUGCAGAUAAAGUUUUUUUCCUCUUUCUUUCUUCUUUCUUCUCCCGGUUCUGUUAGCGGUCUCCUUCGAGCGGUUUACAUGCGGACUGUCAUUCAGAAAUACUACAGCCUGCAUUUUCAGCGCUCACGUGUUUGACCUUAGCCUAUAUAUUAUUCAUUUUUUACUUCAUUUGCUCCCAUAUUUUUUGUUAUUGCCUGUUUUGUGCACUUUUCAAACUCGACUUCAUUCAGGCUGCGAGCAGCUGACGUUUCGGUGACAGACGCGUCUGUUCAGAGUUGUGAUUUAUUCUUCGCGGAUCAAGUUAUUGAAAUCAUAAAGUCAUUGGAAGGGAGGUGAGGAGCUUCUUGAGGGAUAACGGCAUGGUAUAUGUGCAGGUCACCAGCGGGUAACACACUGUGGAUAUUUCAUCACUGCUGGGAGUUUGACAGUUGGAGAGGUUGGGCGUUCGUAUUCAUCACUAAACCAAAAUGGAGCUUUUCUGGCUCUGUCUGCUGGUGCUGGAGACGUUUGUGAUGUCCAGCGAUGCCAGAGGUCCACCCAGGGUGUCAGAACGGGUGGCCCACCGACAGAGCGUCCGCCUGGGUCGCACCAUGAAGCUGCCCUGCCCCGUAGAGGGCGACCCCCCACCGCUCAUCAUGUGGACCAAAGACGGCCGCAACAUCCACAGUGGCUGGACACGGUUCAGGGUGUUACAGCACGCUCUGCGUAUCAAAGAAGUGGAGACUGACGAUGCGGGGACUUACAUCUGUAAGGCGACUAAUGGGUUUGGCAGCGUGAACAUCAACUACACACUCAUCAUUAUAGAUGACUCCAGUUCAAGAAGUGGAGCGGCAGCGGCAAAUGGUGACCAUGAACACGUUCCAGAGCUGGCAGGGAAACUGGUACGUCCACGUUUUACCCAGCCCGCAAAGAUGAGGAAACGCGUCAUCGCUCGUCCUGUGGGCAGCUCUGUGCGCCUGAAAUGCACAGCGAGUGGUAACCCUCGCCCUGACAUCAUCUGGCUGAAGGACAGUCGCCCGCUGGUGGACGAGGACGGUGGAGCAGGAGAAGGUGGGGAGAGAGCUGCAGGAGGAGGAGGAGGAGGAAGUGGGGAAGGGAGGAAGAAAAAGUGGACCCUGAGUCUGAAGAACCUGACACCGGAGCACAGUGGGAAAUACACCUGUCACGUCUCCAACAGAGCGGGAGAGAUCAACGCUACCUACAAAGUGGAAGUCAUACAGCGUACCAACUCUAAACCAAUCCUGACUGGUACUCACCCAGUCAACACCACCGUGGACUACGGAGGAACCACGUCUUUCCAGUGCAAAGUCCGCAGUGAUGUCAAACCAGUCAUCCAGUGGCUUAAAAGAGUUGAGCCUGGUGACGAGAACAAGUUCAACUCCACCAUCGAGGUAGGGGACCAUCGGUUUGUGGUUCUGCCUACAGGGGAGGUUUGGUCUCGUCCUGACGGAUCCUACCUCAACAAGCUGCUGAUAACCAGAGCUAAGGAGGAGGACGCUGGCAUGUACAUCUGCCUGGGAGCCAAUACUAUGGGCUACAGCUUCAGGAGUGCCUACCUCACUGUGCUACCAGAUUUGAAGCCCCAAAACAACCCUGUACCCACAGCAAUAUCCCCAAGCCUCCCCUGGCCUGUCAUCAUUGGAAUACCAGCAGGCGUUGCCUUCAUCUUAGGCACCGCCCUCCUCUGGUUCUGCCAAUCAAAACGCACCUGCUCCUCUUCAUCAUCCUCCUCUGCUCUUCCUGCUGCCCAGCGUCUCCCCGUAGCCAAUCGUGACCGAGCCUGCCCAACGCUGCCUCCUCAACCUGCCAAUGGGGAUAAAGAUUGUCUUUCUUACGAGGACUACAUUGCCCAUCAGCAGCUGCUUCUGACUCAGGGAGGCGCUGGAUUGGCUCCCAAGGUCUACCCGAAGAUCUACACGGAUAUACACACGCACACGCAUUCACACGUGGACGGGAAGGUGCACCAGCACCAGCACAUCCACUACCAGUGUUAGCAGUGAGGCUAGUAGCAAGCUUUGGUGUUUCACAUUCAACUCUUACAGUCAUAACAGUCCACACUGACUACAGAGCAUAGAACAAGGAAAGCCACAUGCAAGAGACCAUGCGGAUUUGUAUAAAGGAACAUGGGAUCACGCAGCUCUUCCUCAUUCUGCUGCAGCCACAUUAUUGUGAACACAUGGACUUAUUCAAGACAAAAACAAUGAAGAAUGUAAAGAAAGAGAAGAAAAAAGUGCAUCAAAAAGAACCUUAUUUUUAGCCAUCAGCCAUUUAGCCAUCUGGGAGCGUUACUCAAGUAUUUUAUUAUGUCACAUCCCAUCUGUAGAUAAAUAAAUCUCUCCAUAUUUUGCUUGAGGCCCUUUUUGAAGCGACAAUGAACUCUGCAGCUUCAAGGUAACUCAACCACUUUGGUCCUGUCCAUUUCCGUGUCUGUUCUUUAAGACACAACCACAAUCUCCUCAGUAACAGCAAGAAUACGCCUCGCUUACAAUACAAGUCUCCAAAUAUAGCUACUCCUGUAUAUAGUGGAAUAUGAUUAUAUAGCAUUUAGCACACUACUUCAUCCUGGGUAAUCUAUAAAGAACAAUAUGACAUGUGUGUAAUGUAAUAGCUUAAUUUCAGAGUAUAUCUCAGGCGUCAGCCCAACUGAGCCAUAACAACCACAAAUCAAGACAAACUUCACUGUAUCCACACCCUCGGCAAAGAUGAGGGCUGCUGUUAUCUGCUUCUGCCAGGCCAACAGCCACUCUGAUAAAUGUCCAGCUGCUAUCUGGGUACUGUGUGAAAAAGAGCUGAUGACAAACUGAGUUACUGAGUUCAGACAGCAUGGAUCUCUAUGAAUUCUAGCUGCAGCUACAGAGUGAUUUCUGCUGCACCCAAGGAUCUCGGUUGCAGAGGUAAUCAUUAUAUCUGUCCUAACUGACAGUUUCUGCCCCCUUUCUGGAGAAUAUUGGCAUUUCCUGUUUCACAUCAUCUCCUUUUCAGCUUUGUUUAAUGCUCGCUGACUUUAGAGGAGCAGGACAGAGAAGAAUGAAGGUCCAGCCUCUUUAGCCAACAGCUCAAAGGGAUGAUCAACAAUGCUGUAGUGUAAAAAGGUGCCUUCUAAGAAUUGUUUCCUGAUUUCAUGGAUUGCUAAUGGAUCAUUGGAUUUGUGACUGAUUCUUGUUAAUCUUUUAUUCUUAGUGACUUUAAGGAUGAGACUUAAAGCCCUCAACUCUUUUUUAGCACCUCACAAGAUGACCUGGGGUAUAACUGAGCAGAGUUUGCAUGUGUUCUGUCCAUAGAUGGUUUGUUACAAGGUAGAGGGACUCGUUUGUAGUCUCCUGUUUUCAUUUAAUGAAGAAAAAUUAAGGAUAAAGGAGCUGCCUUCCCAGCUGCAGGGACAUCUGUCACCCCGAUACAGAAAAUGGAAACUGUUGCAAUCAGUUGAAAGGUAAAAUGAUGAUAUACAGCCUGUGACUGAAUCGAAUAUUAGUAUUUUUACCACAAAAAUUUAGAGCCAUAUAUUCUGCAGAAAGUCUUUCAUGUGGAUGAUUAACAACUAUGAUAAUACCCACUGAUAAGCUACAAGUUAAUAAAUUUCUUAUUGCUGGCAAUCAGUUAUCACUGUUUUCAGUAAAUUCAAGCAUACAUAUCCCAAAUUUUAUUGACCACCUUGUGAUAUUUUGAAUAAUGGGAUCUACAAAUGUGGGUUUUAGGCUUUAUCCUUCCAUUUGAUUACAACUUGGUCUCAAGUUAAGGUCAUUUGAAAGCUCCCAGACACCCUUAAUAUGCCUCCACAGGUGUUGUUAUUCAUUUAGGCUGAUUAGACUUCUUCUCAGGACUGUGUGGGUGUGAUUCAAUAUUCCCUUCUCUCUCCUGUCAGUUUUGUUGCACAUUUUAGAGUGGGACAAAGAAAAAGUUUCAUUCCCAGUGAUACACUGAGUUUGGUAAACUUAAUAUUCCCAACGUAGCUCCUCCUGGCUUCAUCCUGACCAGUGCUAAUCAGCCAAACUGAAAACACCUGUGUGGGAGUGCAGAGCCUUUAAUGUGUAAACAAGGUCAUCAGCAGCUGUUAUGAGUAAAGCUAUUAGUGCACGAUAUAAAUGAUCACAAAAUUUGCUGUUUUGGAAGCCAUUAUAGACUCAAGAUGAAAAGACUGGAUUUAACAUUGAGGUCAGAUUUGUGAGGUGAUAGCAUUGUUUCAUUUUAUAAUUCAUCAUGAGAAAAAAAUCCCAAUAAUAUCAAAGAAAACAUUUCAAGCCAAUAAAAU